UUUUGCUGUCAAUUUGUCAGUGCACUUUCGGCGGUCUGCGAUGGCGUCCUCCAGUCGUGAACAGAGUCAAGAAGAAAUCGACAGAGCCAAGGAGCUACUGAGCAGCGGCACAAGGAAUUACUAUGUGAAGGACUACGAUCAUGCCGUGGAGGAUUUGAGCCAAGUGUGCACUCUGUAUUCGGACGUUUAUGGCACAACGGCGGACGAAUUGGGGGCCCCGUAUUUGCUGUACGCGAAGGCGCUGAUCGCCUUGGCACAGAACGAGGUGAAACUCAUUGAUAUCCCUGAGGGUGAGGAUUCGGAGGACUCCGAGUCCGAGUCGUGCGGCGAGGGUGAGGAGCCCAAGGCGCCUGAGGCAAAGACUGAGGAGGAAGCGGAGGCUGGCAAAGCGCCCGAAGCGGGUGGCAGCAAGAAGGAGUUCGAGGAUGAUGACGACGACGAGGAGGAGCAGACCACGAAUCCCGAGUCCACGGAAGAGGAUAUCACAAACCUUCAGCUGGCGUGGGAGAUCCUCGAGCUGGCGGUGACAAUCUUCACGAGUCGCGGCAAGAACGGCGAGUCGCAAUUGGCCGAGUGCCACGCAGAAUUGGCGGGAAUAUCCUUUGAGAACAACAACUACGAGGAAGCCGUCCGGGACUUCACGAAGGCCAUGGCAAUCCUUGUGACGCUGCCGGAGCCCGAUCAGCGUCACCUCGCGGAGCUCUACUACAAAAUGGGGCUCUCUCACAUGAUGCUGAACAACUUCAAUGAUUCCAUAGAAGCUCUGAACAAGGCAUGUGAGUGUCUGGACAACGUGAUUGCGAAGAACAAGGAGAAGGGCGUCCCGGGCGAUGAGAUCACGGAACUGAUUGCGGAACUCGAGGACAGCAAGAAGGACAUUUACUGCAAGAUCGAUGAGAUCAAGGCGUCGAAGAUGGCUGUUCUUGAGGAUCUCACGAAAACCUGCGCAACGUCUCCGGACAAGAGCACUCCUGAGGCCAGCAAAAGUCCAUCCAGUGCCAAUCAGAAGCCCACAAACAUCUCACACCUGAUCAAGCGGAAGAAACCUGAUGCAACUCCUUCAGAGGGCGGCAGUUCGGAGAGCAAAAAGCCUAAACUGGAUUGAACUCCUGGAAAUCUUUCACUUUCUACCGUGUCACUAAUAAAAACAUCUCCAAGACGAUUUUGUUGU